AUGCCUCUUGUCGUCACAGAAAAGGGAAAUUUCCAACACAUUCUUCGUCUUCUCGGCACUAACGUCGAUGGUAGAGUCAAGAUCAUGUACGCCUUGACCACCAUUAGAGGUGUCGGUCGCCGCUAUGCUAACUUGGUUUGCAAGAAGGCUGAUGUCGAUAUGUCUAAGCGUGCUGGUGAGCUUACUGUUGAAGAGCUCGAGAGAAUUGUCACCAUUAUUCAAAACCCUGCUCAAUAUAAGAUUCCUGCUUGGUUCUUGAACAGACAAAGAGACUUCUACGACGGCAAGGAUUCUCACCUUCUUGUUAACCAGCUUGACAACAAGCUUCGUGAGGAUUUGGAGCGUCUUAAGAAGAUCCGUGCUCACAGAGGUCUUCGUCACUACUGGGGCUUCCGUGUUAGAGGUCAACACACUAAGACUACUGGUCGCCGUGGUAAGCAGGUCAGCUCUGCUGGUAAGAAAUAA